AUGAAGCAUACUUUUGUUAAUGAUGUCAACUAUCCCCCCAAACAGAACAUGACAGAUGUUGGUGACAUCCCAGUGGUUGUUUCUCCAUCACUGAAAGAGGAGACGACAUCUGACCCCAAAGAAGAUACAGUAGAUGGGGUGAAAACAGAUGAACCCAAAGAAGAUGCAGUAGAUGGGGUGAAAACAGAUGAACCCAAAGCUGAAGGUGGAGGAGAAGAAGCAGCUUCUUCCGACCCUAAUAAUCUUUACCGCUACGUCCAAGCGGACCUCUUCACCUCUGAGAUCUUCAAAGUGGAGAUCCAGAACCUUCCCAAAUUCAUCGGUUUCAAUGACCUGAAGAAGUUCCUAGAGAAGCAUCGCCUUAACCCACACAAGAUCAAACUGUUCGGGAAGCAGACGUUUGCCUUCGUCACCUUUAAGAACGAGGAGGAGAGGGACAAGGCCAUGAAGAUGGUGCACGGCAUGCAGUGGAAGGGCCGGGUGCUCAGUGUGCGCCUGGCCAAGCCCAAGGCGGACCCUAUGCUCAGGAAGAGGGGGCGGGAUGAGGCUGGGGGUGCCGGGCAGCCCCCCUCCAAGCGGCAGGAGGCAGAGGAGGAUGAGGCACCCCUCAGCGUACAGAUCGCCAACGUGGUGACGCCCCUGUGGAACGUGCCUUAUGAGGAGCAGCUGAGGAGGAAGGAGCAGGAGGUGGAGGGGGUUCUGCAGAGACUGGCCAGGUAAAGAGACGUGUAUAGGCCCAUGCCAUGUGUGGCUUCUGGUUCACUUCACAAGAAUAGCCUCAAGUGGGGCAUCGAUAGGAUUACUGCAGUCUAUUGCAUUAUAUCCUGUCUUAUUAUAUCCUAACAUGAAAGACACCACAGAAAUGUACUAAUGAGAUGACUUCAUAGUUUAUAGAUGACUUUAAGGCCUUUAUCUGGUCCUUCCUUUGCUCUAAUGAACGGAACAAUUGGAUGUCUUUAUUUGAGUAUGCCUUUAAUAACAAUUGCCUGCAGAGAAGUGUGUUACUCAAACUACACAAAGGAAAACUGACUGUACAUCAUGUUAUUAUGUCCUCCCCUUUUCUGUUCAGAGAAAUAGGCAACACCAACAAAGCGAUGCUGCCCUGGCUGUUUGUGCAGAAGGAGAAGUACAAGAGAAUGUGUUGCCCUCUGGAAGACAUUCGCCCAUCUCCGUCUCAGGUACAAUGCCAUACUGUAGAAACCUCUCUCUGAGUACUGUUGUUUUGAGACCCCCAGGAUGUUAUAUUUAAGCAAUAAGGCCAGAGGGUGUGUGGUAUAUGGCCAAUAUACCACGGCUAAGGGCUGUUCUUAUGCACAACGCAACACGGAGUGCCUGGAUUUAGCCCUUAGCUGUGGUAUAUUGGCCAUAUACCACAAACCGGUUACCAACGUAAUUAGAACAGUAAACAAGUAAUUUUGCAUCAUACCCGUGGUAUAUUGUCUCGUAUACCACGGCUUUCAGCCAAUAAGCAUCCAGGGCUCGAUCGACCAGUUUUUUAAAAAUAAAUAAAUUAAUUUCACCUUUAUUUAACCAGGUAAGCCAGUUGAGAACACUUCUCAUUUACAACUGCGACCUGGGCAAGAUAAAGCAAAGCAGUGCGAUAAAAACAACAACACAGAGUUACAUAUGGGGUAAAUAAAACAUAAAGUCAAAAAUACAAACAGAAAAUAUAUAUACAGUGUGUGCGAAUGUAGUAAGUUAUGGAGGUAAGGCAAUAAAUAGGCCAUAGUGCAAAAUAGUUACAAUUUAGUAUUAACACUGGAAUGAUAGAUGUGCAAAUAGAGAUACUGGGGUGCAAAUUAGCAAAAUAAAUAACAAUAUGGGGAUGAGGUAGUUGGGUGGGCUAAUUUCAGAAUGGCUGUGUACAGGUGCAGUGAUCGGUAAGCUGCUCUGACAACUGACGCUUAAAGUUAGUGAGGGAGAUAAGAGUCUCCAGCUUCAGAGAUUUUUGCAGUUCGUUCCAGUCAUUGGCAGCAGAGAACUGGAAGGAAUGGCGGCCAAAGGAGGUGUUGGCUUUGGGGAUGACCAGUGAGAUAUACCUGCUGGAGCGCAGACUACGAGUGGGUGUUGCUAUGGUGACCAGUGAGCUAAGGUAAGACUGGGAUUUGCCUAGCAGUGAUUUAUAGAUGACCUGGAGCCAGUGGGUUUGGCGACGAAUAUGUAGUGAGGGCCAGCCAACGAGCGUACAGGUCAAAAUGGUGGGUAGUAUAUGGGGCUUUGGUGACAAAACGGAUGGCACUGUGAUAGACUACAUCCAAUUUGCUGAGUAGAGUGUUGGAGGCUAUUUUGUAAAUUACAUUGCCGAAGUCAAGGAUCGGUAGGAUAGUCAGUUUUACGAGGGCAUGUUUGGCAGCAUGAGUGAAGGAGGCUUUGUUGCGAAAUAGGAAGCCGAUUCUAGAUCUAACUUUUGAUUGGAGAUGCUUAAUGUGAGUCUGGAAGGAGAGUUACAGUCUAACCAGACACCUAGGUAUUUGUAGUUGUCCACAUACUCUAGGUCAGACCGCCGAGAGUAAUGAUUCUAGUCGGGUGGCGGGUGCAAGCAGCGUUCGGUUGAAGAGCAUACAUUUAGUUUUACUAGUGUUUAAGAGCAGUUGGAGGCUACGGAAGGAGUGUUGUAUGGCGUUGAAGCUCGUUUGGAGGUUUGUUAACACAGUGUCCAAUGAAGGGCCAGAUGUAUACAAAAUGGUGUCGUCCGCAUAGAGGUGGAUCCGAGCUUCACCAGCAGCAAGAGCAACAUCAUUGAUCUACACAGAGAAUAGAGUCGGCCCGAGAAUUGAACCCUGUGGCACCCCCAUAGAGACGGCCAGAGGUCCAGACAACAGGCCCUCCGAUUUGACACAUUGAACUCUACUCUAGUUGGUGAACCAGGUGAGACAGUCAUUAGAGAAACCAAGGCUAUUUAGUCUGCCAAUAAGAAUGUGGUGGUUGACAGAGUCGAAAGCCUUGGCCAGGUCGAUGAAGACGGCUGCGCAGUACUGUCUAUUAUCGAUCGCGGUUAUAAUAUCGUUUAGGACCUUGAGCGUGGCUGAGGUGCACCCAUGACCAGCUCGGAAACCGGAUUGUAUAGCGGAGAAGGUACGGUGGGAUUCGAAAUGGUCAGUGAUCUGUUUAACUUGGCUUUCAAAUACUUUCGAAAGGCAGGGCAGGAUGGAUAUAGGUCUGUAACAGUUUGGAUCUAGAGUGUCACCCCCUUUGAAGAGGGGGAUGACCGCGGCAGCUUUCCAAUCUCUUGGGAUCUCAGACGUUACAAAAGAGAGGUUGAACAGGCUAGAAAUAGGGGUUGCGACAAUUUCGUCGGCUAAUUUUAGAAAGAAAGGGUCCAGAUUGUCUAGCCCAGCUGAUUUUAGGGGUCCAGAUUUUUCAGCUCUUUCAGAACAUCAGCUGUCUCAAUUUGUGUGAAGGAGAAGCGGGGGGGGGCAUGGGCAAGUUGCAGCGGAGGGUGCAGAGCUGGUGGCCGGGGUAGUGGUAGCCAGGUGGAAAGCAUGGCCAGCCGUAGCAAAAUGCUUGUUGAAAUUCUCGAUUAUUGUAGAUUUAUCGGUGGUGACAGUGUUUCCUAGCCUCAGUGCAGUGGGCAGUUGGGAGGAGGUGCUCUUAUUUUCCAUGGACUUUCCAUGGUUUAUAAUAGGCCUACAUAUGGCUGCCUGCCCUGGCAACCUGGGGUGAACCUUUGCUGUCCCAGCCUGCAUAGGUUUUCUGUGACUACAUCAAGAAGCUGAAAUCAUUAUGGGCUUUUUAGUUGUGGGGUUGAUUUAACUAAGUCCAGAUGCACUCUGGCAUUUUGAUCAUCCUGCUGAAAAUGAGUAUCUCAGCUACCAGCAAGGGGUUUGACAACCUGGUGUCUUAACGAAAUACAUACACUAACUGCACUCCCUGUCUGGGUAUGCACAUGCUGAACUUUGACCUUAAACAUCCCUUUGAAAAGAGUCGUCUUCUUCUUUCCCCUACUCUUAUCAUGCAGAUUGAAUACAGGAACAAGUGUGAGUUUGUCAUUGGUAUUGGAGCGAAUGGAGAGGAUAAGACCAUAGGCUUCAGACUGGGGAAGUACAAAGGGGGUUCCUGUGCCGUGGUGGGACCUUCAGACAGCAUCCACGUCACCACUGAGGCCAAGAGAGUGGUCAGUGAGUUCCAGAAAUUCAUCAGGUAUUAAUGACAUCUUACUGAGAGGGAGGCCUCAUCUCUGUCCUGCACUGAUCCCGCCCUGAUCACACGUCUCAGUUAAAUAUUCUGUCCACUGUAUCAUAUCUGCCCUAUAUACACAAUUUGAGCUACAUACUGGUUUUAGCAUGCAACCAGAAGGAAUCAAAAAUAACGCUGCACAUGGUAAUACAGUAGCCUGGUGGCCUCAGAUCUGUUUCUGCUGUAUAGCCAACUCUUCUGGUUGUCAACUAUAUAGCUUCAACAGCUCUAGGACCACCAGGCUAGCAAAAUGGGGGUGCUAGAUGUACAGUUGAAGUCGGAAGUUUACAUACACCUUAACCAAAUACAUUUCAACUCAGUUUUUCACAAUUCCUGACAUUUAAUCAUAGUAAAAAGUCCCUGUCUUAGGUCAGUUAGGAUCACCACUUCAUUUUAAGAAUGUGAAAUGUCAGAAUAAUAGUAGAGAGAAUUAUUUAUUUCAGCUUUUAUUUAUUUCAUCACAUUCCCAGUGGGUCAGAAGUUUACAUACACUCAAUUAGUAUUUAGUAGCAUUGCCUUUAAAUUGUUUAACUUGGGAUAAACGUUUCGGGUAGCCUUCCACAAGCUUCCCACAAUAAGUUGGGUGAAUUUUGGCCCAUUCCUCCUGACAGAGCUGGUGUAACUGAGUCAGGUUUGUAGGCCUCCUUGCUCGCACACACUUUUUCAUUUCUGCCCACAAAUGUUCUAUAAGAUUGAGGUCAGGGCUUUGUGAUGGCCACUUCAAUACCUUGACUUUGUUGUCCUUAAGCCAUUUUGCCACAACUUUGGAAGUAUGCUUGGGGUCAUUGUCCAUUUGGAAGACCCAUUUGCGACCAAGCUUUAACUUAUUGACUGAUAUCUUGCUUCAAUAUAUCCACAUAAUUUUCCUUCCUCAUGAUGCCAUCUAUUUUGUGAAGUGCACCCGUCCCUCCUGCAGCAAAGCACCCCCACAGCAUGAUGCUGCCACCCCCGUGCUUCACGGUUGGGAUGCUGUUCUUCGGCUUACAAGCCUCGCCCUUUUUUCCUCCAAACAUAACGAUGGUCAUUAUGGCCAAACAGUUCUAUUUUUGUUUAAUCAGACCAGAUGACAUUUCUCCAAAAACUACGAUCUUUGUCCCCAUGUGCAGUUGCAAACCGUAGUCUGGCUUUUUUAUGGCGGUUUUGGAGCAGUGGCUUCUUUUCCAAGUUGUUUAAAGGCACAGUCAACUUAGUGUAUGUAAACUUCUGACCCACUGGAAUUGUGAUACAGUGAAUUAAGUGAAAUAAUCUGUCUGUAAACAAUUGUUGGAAAAAUUACUUGUGUCAUGAAUGAAGUAGAUGUCCUAACCGACUUGCCUAAAAUAGUUUGUUAACAAGAUAUGUGUGGAGUGGUUGAAAAACAAGUUUUAAUGACUCAAAUCAAAUUUUAUUUACAUUUUACAUUUGAGUCAUUUAGCAGACGCUCUUAUCCAGAGCGAUUUACAGGAGCAAUUAGGGUUAAGUGCCUUGCUUAAGGGCACAUCGACAGAUUUUUCACCUAGUCGGCUCAGGGAUUAGAACCAGCGACCUUUCGGUUACUGGCACAACGCUCUUACCCACUAAGCUACCUGCACAUACACGUGUUUAGCAGAUGUUAUAGCGGGUGUAGCGAAAUGCUUGUGAACCUAAGUGUAUGGAAACUUCUGACUUCAACUGUAAAUAAUGUUAUCACUUCUUUUGACCCAUCAUUUGGACUUUGUUUAUCUAAACAGGACAACCCCAUACUCAGUGUACAGCCCUGAGACAUACGAGGGCCACUGGAAGCAGCUAACAGUGCGGACCACAAGGACCAAGCAGGCCAUGGCUAUGGUGUUCUUUAACCCACAGGUACAAAUAAAACAUGUUUCAAUGUGGUUAAUAAUACAUUAUAAACUGGGUGGUUCGAGCCCUGAAUGCUGAUUUGGCUGAAAGCCGUGAUAUAUCAGACCGUAUACCACAGGUAUGACAAAACAUUUAUUUUUACUGCUCUAAUUACGUUGGUAACCAGUUUAUAAUAGCAAUAAGGCAUUGCGCCGUGCAUAAGAACAGCCCUUAGCCAUGGUAUAUUGGCCAUAUACCACACCUUCUCGGGCCUUAUUGUGGUCCUCUGUAGCUCAGCUGGUAGAGCACGGCGCUUGUAACGCCAAGGUAGUGGGUUCGAUUCCUCGGGACCACCCAUACACACAAAAAUUUAUGCACACAUGACUGUAAGUCGCUUUGGAUAAAAGCGUCUGCUAAAUGGCAUAUUAUAUUAUUAUAAAUAAAGAAUGUAAUGAUUCUUAGAUCAUAAUGUGUACAUUUCUGUACCACAGCCCAAACUUGUAUUUAUCGCUGGAUUCUUUAGCUGAACAAUAUAAGUGUAGUGACUCUCCUUUCAAAUCCUGUCAUUUAUUCUUGCUUUUUCUACUUUGCAGAAACUUGAGGAAAAAGAACUAAACGCCCUGAAGAGCUCAAUUAAAGAGUAUUUCACAGAGGGUGACGGGAAAGAGAGUGGUGUAACCGCUCUGUACUUUGUGUCAGAGGGACAAAGGUAAGAUCAUUAGAAAAACAACAAUUUAACGGUGUGAGAAUGCACAUGGACAUUUUGUGAUUGACAGAUAAUGUUGUGUUCACUAAGGCAAUCCCCUAACCCGGAGGACUUGCCGUGUGAGCUGGUAGUUGGAGAGGAGUGUAUUCACGAGGAGCUUCUUGGCCUGAAGUUCAGGAUAUCCCCCCAUUCUUUCUUCCAGGUUAGUAUCCCAUGUCACGUAUCGUAGCUGUAGAGUCUUCACCUAUUUACUUACCAUCUUCAGUCCAUUUGGCAUUGUUUUUUAAAUUAUAUUUCAUUAUAUAGAGAUACUGUAUGUUGUAUUUCCUCCGCCAUUUUAAGAGCCUCCAAGUUAGUGUCUCUGAGGUACAGCACUAUAAACUCAUACUACUCAAACUAAAAUACAGUGGGUAUCAUAAGUAUUCAUACCCUUGGAUUUCUUCACAUUUUAUUGUUUCAAAGUGGGAAUAACAAGGAUGUAAUUGUCCUUUUUUGUCAACGAUCUACACAAAAUAUUCUGUCAAAGUGGAUGACAAAUUCUAACGUUUUUUAAAGAUUAAUGAAAAAUAAAACACUUGAUUGAUUAGAUAAGUAUUCACCCCCCCACAUUUGGCAGUGAUUACUGCUGUGAGUCUUUUUUUAAGUCUCUAAGAGCUUUGCAUACCUGGAUUUUAAAAAUUCUUCAACCUCUGUCAAGGGGUUGGUGGUAAUAUCUAUACAGCAAUUUUACGUCAAAAAGCAGAUUGAAGUCAAGAUUGAAGUCAAAACUAUAACUUGGCCACAUUCACUGUCUUCUUGGUAAGCAACUCCAGUGUAGAUUUGGCCUCGUGUUGUAAGUUAUUGUCCUGCUGAAAGGUGAAAUCCUCUCCCAGUGUAUUGUGUGAAGCAGGUUUUCCUCUAGGAUUGUGCCUGUGCUUAGCUCCAUUCCAUUUCUUUUCAUCCUGGAAAACUCGCCAGUCUUUGCCGAUGUCAAGCAUAACCAUACCAUGAUUCAGCCACCACCAUGCUUGAAAAUAAGGAGGCAAUUACUCAGUGAUGUGUUGUGUUGGAUUUGCCCCAAAGAUAAGGCUUUGCAUUUAGGCCAAAAAGUGUAUUCCUUUGCAGUGUUUUUGUUGUUGCAGUAUUACUUUAGUGCUUUGUUCCAUACAGGAUGCAUGUUUUGUAAUAUUUUCACUCUGUCAUUUACAGUACAUUCGGAAAGUAUUCAGACCCCUACUUUUUCCAAAUUUUGUUACGUUACAGCCUUAUUCUAAAAUGGAUUAACUGACAUUUGUUCCUCCUCAAUCUACACACAAUACCCCAUAUUGACAAAGCAAAAACAGGUUUUUAGAAAUGUUUGCAAAUUUAUUACAAAUAAAAAACGGAAAAACCUUAUUUACGUAAGUCUUCAGACCCUUUGCUAUGAGACUCGAAAUUGAGCUCAGGUGCAUCCUGUUUCCAUUGAUCAUCCUUCAGAUGUUUCUACAACUUGAUUGGAGUCCACCUGUGGUAAGUUCAAUUGACUGGACAUGAUUUGGAAAGGCACACACCUGUCUAUAAGGUUCUACAGUUGACAGUGCAUGUCAGAGCAAAAACCAAGCCAUGAGGUCAAAGGAAUUGUCCAUAGAGCUCCAAGACAGGAUUGUGUCGAGGCACAGAUCUGGGGAAGGGUACCAAAACAUUUCUGCAGCAUUGAAGGUCCCCAAGAAGUGGCCUCCAUCAUUCUUAAAUGGAAGAAGUUUGGAACCACCAAGACUCUUCCUAGAGCUGGCCGCCCGGCCAAACUGAGCAAUCGGGGGAGAAGGGCCUUGGUCAGGGAGGUGAACAAGAACCCGAUGGUCACUCUAACAGAGCUCCAGAGUUCCUCUGUUGAGAUGGGAGAACCUUCCAGAAGGACAACCAUCUCUGCAGCAAUCCACCAAUCAGGCCUUUAUGGUAGAGUGGCCAGACGGAAGCCACUCCUCUGUAAAAGGCACAUGACAGCCCGCUUGGAGUUUGCCAAAAGGCACCUAAAGGACUCUUAGACCAACCUGACAUAGCUUGAGAGGAUCUGCAGACAAGAAUGGGAAAAACUCCCCUAAUACAGGUGUGCCAAGCUUGUACCGUCAUACCCAAGAAGACUCAAGGCUGUAAUGGCUGCCAAAGGUGCUUCAACAAAGUAAUGAGUAAAGGGUCUGAAUACUUAUGUAAAUGUGAUAUUUCAGAUUAUCAUUUUUUAUAGAUUUAAUAAUAUUUAUAAUGCUUUGUCAUUAUGGGGUAUUGUGUAUGGAUUGUUGAGGGGGGGAAAACAAUUUAAUCCAUUUUAGAAUAAGGCUGUAAUGUAAAAAAUUAGGAAAAAGUAAAGGGGUCUGAAUACUGUCCGAAUGCACUGUAGGUCAUUAUUGUACAAUGUUGUUGAUCCAUCCUAAGUUUUCUCCCAUCACAGCAAUUGAACUCUGUAGCUGUUUUAAAAUCACCAAUGGCCUCAUGGUGACAUCCUGAGCAGUUUCCUUCCUUCCUGCAGCUCAGUUCAGAAGGAUGACUGUAUCUUCGAUGUGUCUGGGUGGUUUAAUACAUCAUCCACAGCAUAAUUACUAACUUGACCAUGCUUCAAUGUUGAUUUGUUAUUGUUACCCAUCUACCAAUCACUGCCCUUCUUUAUGAGGCUUUCGAAAAGCUCCCUGGUCUUUGUUGUUGAAUCUGUGUUUGAAAUUCAAUACUUGACUGAGGGACCUUACAGAUGUAUGUGAGGGACAGAGGAAUGGGUAGGCAUUCUAAAAUCAUGUCAACCCCUAUUGUUUCACACAGUGAGUCCAUGUACACUGAACAAAAAUACUGAGUUACAGUUCAUAUAAGGAAAUAAUUUAAUUGAAAUAAAUUCAUUAGGCCCUAAUCUAUGGAUUUCACAUUACUGGGAAUACAGAUAUGCAUCAGUUGGUCACAGAUACCUUAAAAUAAAGGUAGGGGCGUGGAUCAGAAAACCAGUCAGUAUCUGGUGAAACCAACAUUUGCCUCAUGCAGCGCGACAUAUCCUUCGCAUAGAGUUGAUCAGGCUGUUGAUUGUGGCCUAUGGAAUGUUGUCCCACUCCUCUUCAAUGGCUGUGCGAAGUUGCUGGAUAUUGGCGGGAACUGGAAUACGCUGUCGUACAUGUCGAUCCAGAGCAUCCCAAACAUUCUCAAUGGGUGACAUGUCUGGUGAGAAUGCAGGCCAUGGAAGAGCUGGGACAUUGUCAGCUUCCAGGAAUUGUGUACAGAUCCUUGCGACAUGGGGCCAUGCAUUAUCAUGCUGAAACAUGAGGUCAUGGCGGCGGAUGACUGGCACGACACAACGCCAUACACGCUGUCUGCCAUCUGCUCGGUGCAGUUGAAACCGGGAUUCAUCCUUGAAGAGCACACUUCUCCAGCGUGCCAGUGGCCAUCAAAGAUUAGCAUUUGCCCACUGAAGUCUGUAACGACGCCAAACUACAGUCAGGUCAAGACCCUGGUGAGGAUGACAAGCACACAGAUGAGCUUCCCUGAGACGGUUUCUGACAGUUUGUGCAGGAAUUCUUUGGUUGUGCAAACCCACAGUUUCAUCAGAUCUCCAGGUGGCUGGUCUCAGACGAUCCCGCAGGUGAAGAUGCCGGAUGUGGAGGUCCUGGGCUGGCGUGGUUACAGUUGAACGCUCCCUCAACUUGAGACAUCUGUGGCAUUGUGUUAUGUGACAAAACUGCACAUUUUAGAGAGGCCUUUUAUUGUCCCCAGCACAAGGGUAAUGAUUGUUGUUUAAUCAGCUUCUUGAUAUACCACACUUGUUGGAUCAUCUUGGCAAAGGAGAAAUGCCCACUAACAGGGAUGUAAACAAAUGAGAGAAAUAAGCAUUUUGUAUGGAAAAUCUCGGGGAUCUUUUAUUUUGGCUCAUGAAACAUGGGACCAACACUUUACAUGUUGCGUUUUAUAUUUUUGUUCAGUGUAACUUUUUAUUAUGUGAUUUGUAAAGCCACAUUUUACUCCUGAACUAAUUUAGGCUUGUCUAAACAAAGGGGGUGAAUACUUAUGCAACUACUAUAUUUUAGUUAUUACAAUUGUAUUAAUUUGUAAAAAUGUGUAUAAUUUUCUUUUCCCUUUGACAUUAUUGAGUAUCCUAUGUAGGUAAAUGACCAAAAAAAUAUCACAAUUAAUUAUAUUUCAAUCCCACUUUGUAACACAACAAAAUAUGAAAAAAUCCAAGGGGGAUGAAUACUUAUGAUACCCACUGUAUGUCACUGACCAGGUGAAUACAGGGGCAGCAGAGGUGCUGUACUCAGCUGUAGGAGAAUGGGCCCAACUGGACAAGGACAGCACUGUGCUGGACAUAUGCUGCGGGACAGGAACCAUCGGCAUCUCCCUGGCUAAGGUACUAUAGAGAACAAGAGAAAUGUGUUCGUUGACUUAUAAAGACAUGGCAUCCUACAUACUUUACAUGCAGGGUUGGGAGUCAAUUCCAUUUCAGUUAAGGAAGUAAACUGAAAUGGUAUUUAACACAACCCUGAUUACAACUGUAUGGAUCAAUCUGUAUGGAAAUGGAAUAGUCCCUGUUGACACUGUGCCGCACACUGUGUCCUGCAGAGGGUGAGGAAGGUGAUUGGGAUAGAGAUGUGUCAGGAAGCUGUGAAGGAUGCCAAAGUCAACGCGAAGAUCAAUGGUAAGAGGCGUAAUCAGAUUGGUGCCUGGCGUCUACUGCCGCUUGACCAAUGUGCCCAGGAGUUAUGCCUGACAUACAGUACAUGUUCAAAUCUAAUAUCCAAACUCUUUUGAAUAUUCCCUGACCUCUGCCUAAUCAAUCCAUUUGCUGUAGUGCCAUGAGAGAGAACCUGACUGUGACUGAAACGUUUCAGGGCUGAGUAACAUUGAGUUCCACUGUGGAAAGGCUGAAGACGUGUUCCAGAUGGUGCUCAACGCUGUCGUGUCCCCCAGCAUCACAGCUAUCGUGGACCCACCCAGAGCGGGCUUACGUAUGUUACAAAAUAUACUGAAGCUUUUCUUCCACACACAAUCAGUUUGUCCGUGCACUGUAUAUUUCAAUUGAGUGAAAGGACAUACAGUAAUUGAUUGUCUACAAUCUAGAUUCAAAGGUCAUUCUGGCAAUCAGAAGAGCGGAGCAUCUGAAAAGGCUGGUUUAUGUGGCAUGCAAUGCCAAGGCAGCCAUGAACAACUUCAUAGAGUGAGUAAUAAUACCCUGUCCUUUUUCAUUCUGCACUUGCAGGCCAUACAUUCAGUAUGUCUUCUCCAUGGGGAUUCUGGUUCUAAAUUCGAUCUCUGUGUAGUCUGUGCAGGGCUCCCUCCAAGCGUGUACGUGGAGCUCCGUUCCGUCCGGUGCGGGCCAUGGCUGUGGACCUCUUCCCCCAGACCAUGCACUGUGAGAUGCUGCUGCUCUUUGAGAGGGUGGACUACAGCUCCAAGAGUAGCAGUGAGAAACCUGAAGAAAUGACCCAGGGCACUAGCGAGAAGCUGGAAGAGACAACCACCACAACUUAAUACUACAACCUUUGACCCUUUGCAGUCUCACUAUCUGCUCAUUUCAAGUUAACGGUUUUCUACUUACUGGUUCUACACGUUAAUAUCCAAUAACAUUUUCCAUAUGUGGAUUCUGUAGUUCUUAUACUGUACCAUUUAGGGGCAGGAUAACAUAACACUGCAUUUGUUUAAUACUGCCUUGGUUAUCUUGAUGCGUAAUAAUAUUGUUUUACAACUUAAAAAUAAAAAGAUCCCAGUAAAAUAAGCCCUUGUUAAUGAUGACUAAUACAGGCAGGGGUAAUUUC